CAUCCUCUAAUAAGGCGGCAAGAAACUGAGGGAAACGAAAGUUUGCUGGGGAUUCUUCUUUCAGCUGGCUGUGCCUGCCGUUUGGAGCAGAGCAGUCUAUGAGGAAAGGGGUUUUUUAAUAGCACGGUGCUGCUCUUGACCCUGUGGAUUCGUUUUGGAUCUCGGCUGAGGCUGUAAAAAAACCUCAUCCUGGGUCGCCGAUCACGCAAGAAGGGCAUUAAACGCCCUAAAUAUUAUCGCACUCAAAAUGCAUCAAAGAAUUUCCACAGUAAUUCUGGAGAAGACUUGGCUCCUGCUUCGAGUGCGCAUAACAAGAGGGAUGCAGAAAAGACUUCGAUGGUAGAGAAGGAACCUGAGGGAAAACCAAGGAUGGAGAGCUCCCUUUUGUUGGGAUCACUUGCUGAUGAACAGCCAUCGAGCGAACAAACACAUGGAGGGUCUGAAGAGUCUCCAUCAGGAAGUCUUGGGAAGGGCACCUCAGCCUCCCAAAAGCGAAAGAACAAGAAAAAGAACAAGAACAAGACUCUUCCAGAUAGUGAAUUGCAUAAUGCCUUGUCAAGCUUAAGUUCAGCACCAUCCAGUCUUGAAUGUUCACUUACACCAAAUACGGCUGAUGUGAAAAUCCCAUUAGAAGAAAGUCAACACUCAGAAGAGACUACAUCCACAUCAGAUGAAAGUCUAACACAUCCUGUUUCUAAGGAAGACAUGGACAACAGAACUUCAGAUCACAAUAUUAAUGUUACACCUUCUGAGGACGAAAGUACAGGAUCAAGUACUGAAUAUCAAAACUCUGGAAUGAAGAGAUCUUUGCCUGAAUCUGAAGUGAGACACAGCAAUACAACAGAAGUUAUAGAAGAGCCCAAGCGACAAAAGAGUGCUUCUGGUUCAAAAAAAGCAAAGUUAGAGGCAGCCGUGGGGAAGAAUGUCUCUGAAGAAGGAGAAAAAACAUGCACUCCCGUAGAAGAGUCUGGGGAGGAAAAGAGGGGUUCUGCUACUGCUGGAAAUCAAAGGCAGCAGUCAGGAAAGAAGGCCGGCAUGCAGGAGAUAACCCAUGAAGUCCCUGGUGUCAAACAAAGGAAUGAAGUGGAAGUUUCAGGUUUAGUAGAACUGUAA